ACUCAGCAUUAGCUGCUGCCGUCCCAGAACCAAGGAAUGAAAUACUGACUCCCAGAACAUAAAUGAGAGCCCAGCAAUUAACUUUAAUAGGAUGAGGCUUUUCUUUCCACACUUGAUAAGAAUCAAGUUACAUAAAGAAGGACUUCUGUUUUAAAACAUGAGCUUGGAAAAACUGCACUAUUCUUACUGGACUCUCAGCCUUUUGGAUAGCUCUACCAGAUGCACCUUUCUUCCCAGACUGAGCUGACCUGGAUAAGCAACAUGCACAACAGCACAGCUGAAACUCCGCAGACGGCUGGAACGUGUAGCGAGACUUUAUCUGCACAGUCCCUGAGCUCCGAGUUCUCCCUGGGUGUGUUGGUGCUGCUGGCUUUUCUCAUGGUGUUGCUAGCCCUGGUCACCAUCCUUGGAAAUGUCCUAGUGAUCUUUGCUUUCAUCAUGGACAGAAACCUCAGACACCGGAGUAACUAUUUCUUUCUGAAUCUGGCUAUUUCUGACUUUGCAGUGGGUGUGUUCUGUAUGCCUUUGUACAUCCCUUAUGCCCUGACAGGGACGUGGUACUUUGGAAGAGUCUUGUGCAAGAUCUGGCUAAUUAUGGACUAUCUCCUGUGCACAGCUUCAGUGUUCAGCAUCGUACUUAUCAGCUACGACCGUUUCCUGUCAGUUACAAAAGCUGUAUCCUACAGAGCCCAACAGGGAAUCACAUCCAACCCUGUGGUCAAGAUGGUGGCCAUCUGGGUGUUUGCUUUCCUCCUCUACUGCCCAGCAAUCCUCUUCUGGGAGCACGUGGCCGGACACAGUGUGGUAGCCGUGGAUCAGUGCUACGCUGAGUUUUUUCACAACUGGUACUUCCUCUUGUGCGCCUCCACCCUGGAGUUCUUUGUGCCGCUGCUCUCGGUGACCUACUUCAACGUGAGCAUCUUCCACAGCAUCCAGAGGCGCCAGCGGCACGGCAGCACGCAGGACUGUGAGCCUCCGAGGAGCACAGGCAGCCUGUCCUGGAGAUUUUGCUUCUUGCCAAGGCCAGGAACAUCUUCUCCUCCAUCAGAAGCAGAGGACAGUGUCUCUUCCUCCACAAGGUCAUGGAGACCAGCAGUGAUGGCUAACUGUCCACCUCCAACACAGACCAGUCAUACAGCUCUCAAAAAGGAGUUUUCUGUUUCAUUCCGUCCAAGGACUGGCUCAAAACUGCAGCAGGACAAGAAAAUUGCAAGGUCACUGGCCAUAAUUGUGUGUGUUUUUGCCGUUUGCUGGGCCCCGUACACUUUACUAAUGAUUAUUCAUGGGGCCUGCCAAGGAGAGUGCAUCCAUAAGUCCUUGUAUGAAAUAACCUUUUGGCUUUUGUGGCUCAAUUCCUCUUUGAACCCAUUCCUUUACCCUCUCUGUCACAUGAGGUUUCGAAUGGCUUUCAUGAAAAUAUUAUGUCCCAGAAAGUUUGCCAUCUUGAGAUCAAAUAACACACCUUCUUUUUAGAGAAUUAAAA